UGCCGGUGUGUGUGUGUAGAAGCGGAGGAGGGAGAAAAGUCACCAAAAACCCCGCAGCAAAACAGCCGACGACAACGAUAACGUUGAAGAGAGCCCCGAACAACGAUUCUGUCUGCUGAAUUUGGCCGUGCCUGCGUCUAGGAGCGGUUCGCAUCUCGUAAUCCUCCUCAUCCAGCCGUGCAACCGUGUUUGUUUGGGUGCAGUGACCACUACAGUGUGUGCCGUAUUUCUGUGUCCGUGUGUGUGUGUUUGUGUGUUUUUGUGAGUGCGAUUGUGCAAAAGGGGCUGUCACCAAAUCCCAUUGGUAGAAUUUCUUCCCUAAUUCCCAGCAUAAAAAAACGGGCACGAGUUUGCAGGUGCAAGUGCAGCGUGACAGCGUUACGGUAAAACACACACAGUAAAAAGUGCAGUGAACAUAAAAAAAAAAAAACAAAAAAUACCAAAGUGCGUGUGAGUGUGUGCGUGUAAAAGUGUGAAAUAAAACCACAUUUGGCGAAAUAAUACGGGCAGCGACAAAUCGUGCAAGAGCAAAAAAGCAAAAGCCGGGCACAGAAGUGACCAAAUAUUCACGUGCAGUGCAACAUGCAGCAACCGAGAUACAGUCCGGCACCGCCGCCUCCGGCCGCGCUACGUCCGCAGAUGGUCCCGAGACAUCAGGCAGUACCGAACGGAAGUACUACAGCCGCGCCUCGUAGCGCCUACCCUGGAGCACCACCGCCUGCACCGGCCACGCUAAAGGGUGCCCAGCGACCCGCUAUGACUAGUCCGGCCAGCGGCAUUCCCGGUGCACCGUACAGAGGCACUGCCUGGACGCAGGGUUACGCCCCGACACAACCAACCUACCGAUACACUGCACCGCAGACCUAUGCAUAUACACCACACACGACAACCCAGGUAAGCCUCGCCAGUCACGAUUCAGCACGCUUUGACCCGCCUGCCUGCCUGCCUGCCAGCAGCAGCUACAAUCGGUACGGACAGCGUGUGCCGACAGCAGCGUCGCCCAGCAACACGAACUCGAGCAGCUCGUCCAACACCGGCUCGCAGAGCGGCACCCUGAGCACGAGCCUGAGCAACACGACCAACACAAACAACACGAUGGGUCCUAGCAACACGCCACAGCAGACGGAGCAGCUGUCCAAAACGAACCUCUACAUUCGCGGCCUGCAACAGGGCACGACCGACAAGGACCUUGUCAACAUGUGUGCACAGUAUGGAAACAUCAUCUCUACAAAGGCAAUAUUAGAUAAAACAACAAACAAGUGUAAAGGAUACGGAUUUGUUGACUUCGAGUCGCCGUCCUGUGCCGAGGGCGCCGUCAAAGGGCUUCAAGCGAAGGGCAUCCAAGCUCAGAUGGCCAAAGUGGGUAUCUGGGUGCUACAUAGGCCGGCCAUUGACCCCGCGAUGGUGGUGCCGGCUGAGCAGCAACAGGAGCAGGAUCCUACCAAUCUGUACAUCGCGAAUCUUCCCUUGAACUACAAAGAGACGGACGUGGAGAAUCUGCUGUCCAAGUACGGCCAGGUCAUCUCGACCCGAAUUCUGCGCGAUCAGAAUGCACAGUCGAAAGGUGUCGGUUUUGCGCGAAUGGAAUCACGGGACAAGUGUGAGCAGAUUAUACAGAUUUUCAACGGCACGCUGCUGCCGAACGCGAAGGAACCGCUGCUGGUGAAGUUCGCCGACGGUGGGUCGAAGAAGAAGAACCCGUUCAAGAGCCCGGACCCGAACACGCGAACCUGGCGCGAGGGAGCCGAAGGCAUCCCGGUCACCUACGAUCCGAACAUGCAGCAGAACGGCAUCGGCGUGAACGUCGGCACGCACAUCAACAUGCCGUACAGAGGGUUCAGCACGCCGCAGAUGGGCAGCUAUGCCGUGCCCGGCUCCCAGUGGGUGCCGAGCUACAUGAUGACGCAGGCGAUUGCCCCCGUUGAGGAGCAGGUAAGGCAAUACGUUCAGGUUCCUGCUUCGCACCUGAGCGUCGGCACACCGUACAAGACGGACGGUGUGACACCGGUGCAGCCCCGUGGCGUCUCGAUGAUCAUGUCCAGUGAUAAUCCAGCCGCCGUCCAGUACGGCAUGAUGCCCCAGCUGGCAACACUGCAGAUUGGCUCCUCGCCGAUCCUAUCUCUCCCGCAGCAGCAGUACAUCAGCCCGACAGCCUAUCCGUACUAUCCGACCCAUCCGACGUCGGUCAUCCACACGCUGCAGAUGGGCGACACGGAGCAGGCGAGCACGGCCGCCUCGCCAGACGAAGCGUACACCACGCAGUAUCAGCACGCACCGAAGUAGAUCUUGCCGGUGCCGCGCGUAAAGAUCACACCCACAGGAAGAGGCCAGCCAGCAGCCGCCGCCGCCGCCGCCGCCCUCCCGUAGCCAAGACACAACCACCACCACCACCACCACCAACCACUACAACCACCCAACCAUCACCAUCGCCAACUUUGAAAUGCUGAAACACGAUCGAAAGAGAGAGAGAGAGAGAGAGAAGGAGAGAGCUACGAAACGAUGAACAGUUGCCCAGCAGCAACGCAACAGCAGCAACGCAACCACUCGAUCACGUGUUUCUUUUAGGGCAGUUUAUUUGAAAAGUGCGGUUUUUGUUUGUUUGUUAUCCUUUCUUCACACAUUGGAAGAAUCGAAAGAGCGAAGAUGAUCGCGAGGGUCGCAAAAAUACCCCUACUUCCCCCGUGAGGAUCAUGUACACCGUUCAUGGCUAGCGACGAAGUAGGCAAGAGCACCGCAUACGUAGUAGAUGCAUCAUUUCCACGAAAUGAGAAUGACACGACGUAGUAAGAACAAACACAUCACACACAAACGCGCGCGCGAGCUAAUGAUUGAAGGUAGUAUUAGAGCAGCAGACGUUGAUCGUAGCAGAUCAACUGCUAAGGGGUAUGCAUGAAGGACGCAUUUACCAAAUGAGACGAUGCGCCGUUCACUCGAAAGGGGUAACACUGGAGAAAGCCACACUGAGCCACAACAGCCGCGCGUAAUUGUCCGGGACUGAGGGUGCCACGAGAAAGAAACGCUCUAACGAAAGAGGCAAAGAACGCUUCCGUUCCCUUCACCUCUUUAUUUUUAUUGCGCGCAGAAGGGUAGGCCAAAUAAAUGAAGAUACCUCAAAACACGAUGCCACGCGCAACCGGUGCGCGGUUUGAACCGGCUUACCGCAAACACCGCGCAUGUGCGCACUACGAAAACGAAAUGUAACUAAACGAAUGAAAAAAGCAGCGCCACUAAACGCGCGACAAGACACGAACCCUCCCCGCACGAAUCAUGAUGUAAAGCAGCGAUGAGAUGGCUUACAUCCGGUGUGUUCGGGCCGGUGACAAAACGACACGAUCAGACACCCGCGUAAUGACUGAAUAACUAACUCAAAACUGCGUUUGUUGUCCCUUUCCCCCGAUGCUACUCUCGACAUGCGAAACUGUGGGCACGCUAGCGAUAUGGCGAAGUGGUGUUGUUUCGCCGCCACUUCGUGUUGAGGGGCCCGCGUGCCAUAAGCACGAUGAAAAAGGCUUUUGAAUUUGAACCUGUGCACAUGGCUACUGCUGUGCUCUCGCGAGGGGCACGGUGGUGGAAGCUCAGGGCAAUGCUUGCUUGCUCUGGACUAGUUGAUUGUUGUGCGCGUCUUAAAAAGACUGUCUUAAUCUCGCACGCGCGACCGUAGAGUGCGCAACGAAACUGAAGCCACGCGAUCUUUAAACGAUCAUCCAAAGAAACAGGAACGGUUAGGCUUUGUUCUAAUGCCCAUCAUCAUCAUCGUCACCGCUCAAAAGUAGUUGGUGUAGAUUAUACACAGAUUGAUCGCUUCCAGCGGAGUAAGUGUGUGUUAUUGGUUUCCCCGGGAGCUAACCACCCUCCCAAUGGAAAUGAGGAAAAAAAUCCGCAAAAUAUCCAACCACGCCCCCCCCCUCCCACACGAAAGCUGGAUUGGUUCUGUCUGCUCUUCCCUGUGCUGUUUGUGGGAAAAAUGCGUCGCCCGAGUUUUAGUAGAGUUAAUUUUAAUUUAUUGUUUUUCUUGUUUUCCCCCCCUUUAUUGCCCUUUUUUUCCCUUUUCUGUGUUUUCCAUUCCAAUGUGUGGAAAAUGUGUUUUUGUGUCUUUGUUAAUUUAAAAAAAAAAGAAGAAAAAAGAAUGUCGCGGUAAAACGCGCGAGAAGAAGAGCUAACGGCGGAGCUCUGGGAUUUUUGUUUGUUUUGUUUUGUUUUGUUUUUGGGAGGUACGGAACGAAACAGUGGAGCAGGAACAGUUAGCGUAAGGUUAAACACGUAUAGGGGACAGGGGAAUAUUUGAAAUUUGCGCGAGAACGGGCCGGACAGACGGCAAGCCGCGCCGGCGGGUGUGACGUUGCGUACGAAACUCCGGCGGCGGAAGCUGAAAGCGUAAGAAACUAGUUUAUAUUUUAGUCUCGUAGAACGAACGAUUUAAUGCAGAAGCAAAUUGAUGCAAACCCCCCAAAUGAAAGCGGGACAGAGAGCGGGAAGGGAGCGAAUGAGAAGAAGAGAAAAGAAAAGAACAACACACCCCUCACCACACACUCCUCGGGGUCCGUCUUUUUCUGUGCUUUUUGUGUCGUACUGUGUGUGCAGGUUUGAGGUGGAAGAAGUAAUUAGCAAAGGGGAAAGCGUGCGAAACGAGGGGAAAAACACACACACACUGGGCUUAUUAUUGGAUAACGGAAUGGCAAGAGAAGAAUGAGUAGAAAAUUUAAAGCAAAACACACAUACACACACACAUACACAGGAAAGCUCGAAAAGCCCGCCAGCCGGCAGAGUGUGUGUCAGAGAGUCAGUAAAUGCCGCGACACGGAUACCCGCACGCGCUAGCUUGAUAAGGUUAGUUUUUAGAGUGUUUAGUAUGUUAAGUAGGAUUUUUCGAAGGACUCUCCCCCCCCCACCCCCCAUCCAACUAGCCCCUCCACACCCUAGCGUUCACUCUCAGAUUUUUUUCCCCCAAUUUUCCCAAAUCAUUUCCCACAAAAUGCACAGACUCUUCUGUUGUGUCUGUAUGUGUGGCUUGUUUUUUGUUUGUUUUCAUUGUCCCGUUGUUUUAGAUUUGACUUUCACAACCACAGCGUGUUAUUGUAUUAUUUUCAUAUAAUUUUCUGUUUUUGAGUUUUACUCUCCACACGUGACGUGUGUUUAUCGCGUUUUUCACAAUAGUUCUUCCAUUUUAGUUUUUUUUUUACUUUUUCUUCCACUUUUGUCCUUGGUGUGAUUGUGAUAGCGCUUAAUGUUGGAAGAACGCGGUACGAAAAGAACGGUGUUCUCUAGGAAAAGUGAAUCUAGAAUGAAUGCGCAAACAGAUGAUCGAAACAAUGUGAGCAAAGAAAAGUGAAGCAUAGAAAAUAGAAGCAAAACUUCCAACCCAGUCUCUCCCUUUCUCUGAAAAAAUGAAAAGCUUCUGAGUGCAUUUGCCGCACGAGCGACGAACAUGCGUCUCGUGUUAUUAUUUUCCUCGUGUACGAAUUCAUUUCCAAUUAGAUUCGUUAGCAAAUCGCGUUGAAUUGAGUUUUGUUUUGUUUUUUUUUUUUUGCCUCUAUUAAAUGCUCGUUAGAAAUUAGUCCACUUUUGCGUACACGAUCGCAUAAGCCGAUCGUAUGCCCCUCCUCUAUCCGCCUCCUUUUUUAUCCUUCCAUGUGUCCCCUCUCUUCUUACCCCGAUUCCUCGCUUGACGAAACAGUGAACGUUUACGAAGAUAAGAUGUGAAUGAAUUAGGAUUAUUCAAGAGAGAAAAUGAAAAGAUCGGGCCCCGUCGCCGCCAACACUCCACACACUCCACACACACAGACAUGGUGGCGACGUGGUGCCCCCCCCGAACGCGGCGCGUAACGAACAUUUGCGGAUAAAAUAAAUGGAUCAUGAGUGUGUAGUACCGAGCAAGGCCCUUCUUGAAGCUGAAACCGAGUGCGUCCUGCGUCCGUACAGUUAGGGGAAAUUAAUGAGAAAACAAAACAAAAGUGCUCCAUCAGCGAAAUUGGCCAUUGUUUGUUGCUGUUUUUUUUCCACUGUUUUCUCUCCUACCUCUUUUUCACCCAUAUCACAUUUGUAAUGUUAAAUUGUUUUAGUUCUCACUGACUCUGCGAUGUAAGUGUUUUCUUUCUUAUUAUUAAUAUUGAUUUAUCUCCCUUUUUUCAUUUUUCAUUCUUACUCACUGGUUACUUUUGUGUUCUUUUAUUUUCAGUUUGCUCUCUGUUACUCUGUUAUUCCGUUGCGACAUGUGCAUUUUCCUAAAGCUGCCGCUGCUACAUCCCUUUUUCCCGCACACUCAGACUGGCGAGUCCAUCGUAGUGGCGAAUACAAUACAAAAAACAAAAAUAGGACAAUUGUGCCUUUAUCACAAUUUGAUGCGUGUUGCGUUUGGCCAGCAAAAAAACCAACCAGCAAGCGAAGUGAACAAAACUGUCACAAACACAAUAUUAUGAUAAAAGGAAAACGAAAGAGAAAGCGAAAACAGCAAUAGUUUUGAAAAUUCACAUAAAACACACACAAAACAAAAACGGCAAAGUAAACGGAAGAAAACAAAAACAUCUCAAACUUGUUAAUUGGAAGCAAAAUGCAUAACUAAAAAGCACAAACAAAUUUGAAGGAGAAAAAAAGAGCUACACACUGCAAAAACAAGCAGCCGAGAAGAUAGUGGAAAUGAAUGGGAGAAAAAGACGAAACCAAAAGAUGCGAAAAACAAAAGCAAAACCACAUAAUAACAUACUUUUUCUACACAAAUAUUUUUGAACGUCCUUUUUUCCACCGUUGUUGAAUUUUCAUUCAAAAAUACCCCCAAACAAGCAAACAAAAAAGGAAAAUGGGAAGGUGUGCCCAAUAGUGCACAGUUUACGAACCUUAUAGUACUAUAGUACUAGAGACAAAGGAACUGAGGUUUAAGAGAGAGAGAAAGGAAAACAAACGGCAAAUAAGAAGACGCUUUUAUGCAUUCACACUUGCCAUUAAAAACAACAACGCAACACAACUGUCAUAACUGUCGAAAUCGUUACGAAUAUUCAUGAAGAACGGGAAGAACGAAACAGAGAACCCUGGCCCCGCAUUGAAGCACGUUGAAACACUGAAACGAUCGUACUGAAAAGCAUAAUCUUUUCGCCAUAUUGUCAAUCCAACCAGCCGCUCGAUCAUCGUUUGCUUAUGAUUUUGCCUCACUCUCACACAAAUGUAAUCACAAAUCUAAACAAAAGCAGACGGAAAAACGCCCUAUAAUCACAUACAAAAGCUACGUAACGUAUAUAUUAUCACGUAUAGAAGUAAUGAAUGAAAGGACACAAAUUAAAUCGAAGGAUCUGUUACGCGGUAGGAGCUAAAGCAGAGCUUGGGCGGAGGUUAGCCAAAUACAGUGGAAUAUUAUUAUGCUUAUUUAUAGGACACACAAAAGAGAGAGAGAGAGAGAGCACGCGAAAGAGUGAAGGGAUGCACGUACGCUAUGUGAUAAUAUGUUUCAUGCUGUGAUACAGAGUAAAUAGAGUCUCUUGCCCUGUUUGUCUCUUGUUUGCCUGCUACCAUUGCCACUACUACUAGCACACUACCAUUCCCUACUGCUUAAUGAUAAUUUUUAGUAGAAACUGAACCUAUAAUAACGUAAAUUUUAUUCCUUUUUUUUGGCUCUGAAUCUUCUCCUGAUCCCAGAUCUAAGUCGAUCAGUUAUAAUAAUCAUUAGCAAAAUUCAUACGAGAAAGAGGACAGAGAAAAAAGGGCGAAGCAAGAAAACCCUAUCGCUCUCUCUCUCUCUCUAUCUCUCUAUCUCUCUAUUGCACUAUAAAUUAACGUUGUUUUGAACACAUCUAUAUCGAAAUCGUUCUAUCGUUAGUCACAGUUUAUUAGCGUACAUUUUUACCCGUCGAAAAACAAAAAGACAAGACUGAUCAUACUACCCUUAGCUAAACGUAGCUAAUAAUGAUCACCUUCAUGAUCGCUUUCUGCUUGUUUUCAUCUCCUAACUCAAUUCUCCAGGGCAGUUGUACUACAUCUUUGCUUUCUUAUCAUUUGUUUCGUCCAUUUAUUCCCCCCUAAAAAACCCCCGGGGAGAUUUCCCUAUUGUGAAUACUAUUGCAUACUUUUGUACAAAGUAUAUUACUACAUCGAUCGAUCGCGUUACCGUCUCCUUCUGGUAUGGUUUUCUUUCUGUUCUUCUGUAACUUUCCCUUCCACUGAUUGGAUUGCAGUAUGAGCACAUGAGGUUUGGUUUUGCCGUUAGUGCGAUCGUAUCAGUGCAAAACACAGCAAAAAACAUCGCAUGAUCAUUAAACACUCUACUAAAAACUAAAAUGUAUACAAAAUGUGGGAAAAAACGAAAAAUAACCAAAUGCGGCUGAUGUGUGUUCCCUUCUGUGCGUCGUCGUGGGUGUAGUUGUUGUUGUUGAUGUUGUUGUGUGGCAGGCAUUUGAAUUUCAAAGUGGGGUGGGGGUGGGGUUGUGUAGGUGUGUAGUUGUUGCGUCGUCAAAACCACAUGUUACAAAUAGAAAAGAGAAAAAAUGCUCUGUGUGUGUGUUGAGUGUGUGUGUUUGGUGUAUUUAGAAGAGAAUAGCUCGCACACAACGCACACUUUAUGAAUUCCCGAUAAAACGAUUUGAUGAACGAGAGACAGACAGAGAGAGAGAGAGAGAAAACACAGAAACAAAUCCAAAACAUUCUUCCAUAGUUUGCGUUUCGCACACAAAAGCUAGUACGGCUCGUAAAAAAAAGUGCACGCGAGUUACUGAUAGUACAGCGAUAGUACUGAGACUUAGUAGUGGAGUAGUAGUGGAGCCUCUUCCAACGAACAAACAAACAAAAGCGCAUAACAUGGCCGCAGCGUGACGGGACACAGCAUUUGAUUUGUUCGCAAACGGCCGACGGUCGUUUUUGUUAUUGCUUGUGUUUGGGUGCUUCCACCACCACCACCACCACCAUUCUUCACCCCAAACCAACUACCCAAACGAAGCAAACCAAAACAAAACAAACACAAACAAACACUCUCUCUAGCAUAGUGUGUAGUGAAAAAAACGGAAUAGCACGAAACACGAAAAUCACACAACUACGAACAUAAAGGGAAGGCAGCGAACAGGGCAGCGAUUAUUAGGUUGGCAGCCAUUGGCGCACGGUUUCUUGCACGGUGAUUUUUUCGAACCAUUUUUACCUUUUACCUUUAAAAAAAAAGGGAUAAGACAUACUCUGGAGGGAAAAGGAGAUGGAAGAUCGGCCGGAAUGGUUUAAUGCAGGUCAGGUUACAAAUUUUCCACCCCUUAACACACAAACACAGCGGACAGCGCACGUAGGUAGUUUCUGUGUCUGAGUGUUUGUGACUGUCUGUGAGUGUGUGUGUGUGUAGGUGAUCGAAGUAGCUAGGUAGUAGUAGGGCGCUCCGGGUGAAGAAUCUGGUCACUCGAUAAUAGGGGAAGGAUUGUUUCAUGACACCGCGCAGUAGCCGCUGACGUAGCAGUAGUAGCAGCAGCAGCAGCAGCAGCAGCAGCAGCAUGUAGAAGCAGCCGAAAGCAGAAGGUGUAGUAGUAGUAGUCGCUUUAGUCGAUUUAGACGAGAUAUCCUAGAGUCGAGCCCCGGCGGCAGUGAAAAUGCCGGGUACACGUGGGGUUUUUUGUGGUUUUUUGACUUUUUAUUACCACACACACACAUACAAAAGCUCUAGAAGAGAACAGGGAGUAGAGAAAGAGAAAGAGUGAAAGAGAAAAAUAGUGUAGUGCAAAGCGCCAGAUUAGACAAAAGCAGACAAACAAACAAAACGUUCGGGUUCGCGUAGUAUCGUGCUAUCGUGUAUCGUGUAGUGUGGUGUGUGUGUGCGUAUGUAGCCGUUGUCUUUAAGCGUGUGUUUGUAGUGUUGCAGUGAACGUGCGUUAGCGUGUAGGUAGAGGCAGUGUUUGCUAGGGCGUGUUAGUAGACAAAAUACAGACGGCAAAACACAGAGACAAACCUGAGCAAACCCCGUGAAAUGCGCCACCACGGUGCGAGAAUGCGAAUGAGAAAUGAGAUCUAACUGAAGUCUGAGUGUAGUCUGAUGAAAUGUUUUACUUUGUUGUAAUUUUUCACUUCUUUGUUUUGCAGUCCGUUGCCACCACCAUUGACGGGCCCUUUCACAUGAGUAGUAGUGGUGUACCAAGUUCAUCAAAGUUCGUAGUAGGCCGUGGAGCUGGUGCGCACGAGUAUAGGAGCCGUUGUUGUUGAAGGAAUUUUUGGAGUAGAGCGAACCGGAGCUCGGUGUUUGUUGAUUGGUUUAGUUUUACGUACAUUUGGAAUUAAUAUUAUUGUAGUAAUUUUUACAUUUCAAAUUGAAUGAAAUGUGGUUCGUUUGUUGCUGUUAGUUUUCUUGAAAACAAACUUUUCGUUAAAUUAAGAAGAAAAAAACACAAAAUAACAAAUAAACUGAAAGAGAAAGAGGUAAAAUGGAAGAGGUAAAAGAAAGAGCUAAACUGACAAGAAGAAGAAUGAAUGCAAGAGCAUAAAAAGAAAAAAAGCAGAAUAACAACAAAGCAGAUUGAAUUGCAAAACAAACAAACAAAAAAACGAAUGGAAGCAAAUUGGACGACAAAAUUAGCAACAGUAGUAAACAAAAGACAACAAACAAGAAAUGUGUAACUGAAGCACCGAGACACGAGCGCACCGCGAGAAUGAGGGAAGUAAAAAUGACGACGUGUAUAAAGCAAAAGCGCUUGGUAAUGGGCUGAGUAUGCACUAACCUCCGAAUGGCGAAACUGUCGUUAGAAUAGGCAUAGAGAAGAAGAGGAAAAAUGAAAAACGAAACCAAAUACACACACACACACACAUCCACACGCGAAUGUUCGAUGUAUUGGCUGAGUGAGUUUCGGCAUUUUGCGCCAGCAAAGUAGUGAAAAGAGCGCGCGCGUGUUUAUCGUUGUAAAAGGGGCGCCCCAACACAAAACCAAACCCACUCACCACCAUCCGCACAGCGAACAGGAGAAGAAAAAAAACACAUGAAAUGAUCCCGCAAGCCGGCAGUGUAGGAGUAGUUUUACUUAGGAUUAAGAAAAGAAGCAAAGUGAAAAUGAAAAACAAAACUCUUAGCGCGUAUUUAUGUAGAGCCGGUGUAACGUAUUACAGUAGAGUGUGUGUGCGUGUGUGCGGAAAGGCACACUGGGGCCGUGGAAAUGACGUCCCGAUCCGGACGGAGGAGGAGAAUAGAAAAGAAUCGCAAGAUUCCGAUCGUCCGAAAGAGCCGAUGAACAGCGUGGAAAGAGAGACAGUGGGCAAGAUGGCGGUGUGAUGUGGCUUAGGAUUAAUGAAAUGAAAUGAAAUUUUUGCUAGUUUGUAAGAACAUAUUUAGGGUAAAAAAUUGUUUAGAGUUUAAAAAAGGAGGGGGCAGCACUCACACAAAGGCAGCAACCCGUGCGUAGCAAACACGCAACCUAAACACUUGCGCUGCGCGCCACAGUAGUAGUAGUAGGAAGGCGUGUGGAUGAUAGGCGAACGUUUGGAGUGCUUCCGGGUUCCGGUACUUGUGUUUGGCUUGCUCUGCUGGCGCAACAGCACGAGCACGAGCACACGUGGGAAGAGCCACAACAGUGUGUGUGCAAUUGCUGUUAAGGUUAAGUUCUACUUCCAAUUCCAUCAUUUCGCGCCCUACUACAGCUAUACAGCUACCAGCUUGCGAUUUACGCCAUCAUUUACGUCGCGUUCCUUAGAAGCCACCCCUGUUGGUCUAGUGGUCCUGCCUGUCUCUCUCUCUCUCUCUCUCUAUCUCACAUACACACUCUUGUACUUGCCAUACAUUACUGCACGCUUUCACGGGGAAAUGCAAUUGAAACCGAGGAAAAGAAAGAAAGGAAAUAUUUAGCACCAUAAUGAUGUCGGUGUGUGCAUGUGUGUGCAUGUGUGUACGAUAGGAAGAAAGUAAAGAAAAGGCUUACGGGGAAUGUGAAUCUAUCUAUUUGUUGAACACCACCGCUUUUCCGCUUUUCCCUUCCGCUUUUCGUUUGUGUGUGCCUCUCUGUAAGCAGCAGCAGCAGCAAAAGCAAACCGAAAGCAAAAUGUUAUUAUUAGCAAUGCAAAAGAAAAGUUAGGUGAAAUUAAAUGAGUAAACGAGCAUGAUUGAAACGAGACGAUUUUAGGAGAAUGGAGAAAAUGAGAAAGAGAUAGGAAGACGGAGAGUAAGUUAGAAAGUAAACCGCUGCAUUGAAGAAACAAUGAAGAAAUCAAGAGCAAGCCUCAACAAUCGUAAUUCUUCCUGCACAGAUUCACAAACACAGACACAAACACAAACACACACACAGAUACAGACACAGAAACACGAACGCAAAGACGAGCGAUACGCGAUACGAUAGUGCGCAGCACACAACGGCGCAAGUAAGGAGAGGAAUGAGGGAGUAUAAACGAAAUCAGGAAUUUUUCAUACCACAACAAAACGAAGUUAAACGCGACUCAAGUCACCUCAAACACACUGCAACUUCCGCAUCACAUUUGUCCUAUCAGGUUUUUUUUCCCCCCACAUCAACGUUUGUUGCAUGUUUUGCGCAAGCAGCACACCACGUGUGUGACGCAUGGAUGAGAAACACGUGCUACACGAAGAUCGUACCGCGAACUGGCGGGACGAAAGAGAAUUUAAAUUUGACAGUAAUGAUACAGCUUAAACACAUACACACACACACACACACACAUACACAUACACACUCAUAAUAAUUACAAUAUAUUAGAAUGAAGAAAAAUUUAAAUGCGAACGGGGCUUCCACCUUCGGUUCUGUUUUUAUACAAGAUAUGGCGGAUUUUUCGAUGGAGGCGCGCGCAUUGGUGUGUUGAAAAUGGAUUAAACAAGAGAGGAAAAAACACAUACCUACACACUCAUAUAAGAGAGCAAACACAGUAUCAAACGCUCGGCUUUUGUUUGCUCUAAAAACAAGAAGAAGAAGAAAAAGAUAAGGAUAAAAAAGAAGAAGCAGAAGAAGAAGAAGAAGAAGAAAAAGAAGAAGAAGAAGAAGAAGAAGAAGAAGAAGAAGAAGAAGAAGAAGAAGAAAAACAUCCUAUUGUGCUUUGGGCUGGAAUGCUUUUGGUUUGCAGAUCGUUACAUUACACAGACAAACACAUACAUACAAACACACACACACACACAUUAACUUCUAACGAUCUUCUUGACUCACUUCCGGAAGCCGGAUGUAAAAAGACGGAAACAAGAAAACUAAAACGAUAGAAAAAGAAGAAGAAUUAAUGUUUGCAGAUUAUGCUGCAUGCUGCUUAUAUGUUGCGUCAUUAAGAAUUAACACAUACAAACACACACUUACACUGCGAAAAAAGGAGAGAGAGAGAGAAAAGGAAGCAGAAAACUUAUUUUUGGUCUUAUUUUCAAAUCGCCUAGUGUGUAAGGAUGUUAAAUGAAAGUAGCAGUAUAAAUGAACAAAAAAAAACACAAAGCAUGAUCAUGUGUGUGUGUGUGUGUAUGUUUGGUAGUUACACGUUGGAGGUUCACAGGAAACCGGCGGAGGAAUAAAAUGCACUCUCGAAGGAGAACAAUACGAAUAAGCAAAACUGAUUUACUGAGCAACCACUACACCGCUCAGCAGGCGGGAAACGGAAAAGAGAGACAGAAGAGAAAUGCUUAAAGCUCCCCAGCUAGAGGGAGACCGCAGUAACCCUACCCGGCGAAGGAAGUAGCAGGCAGAAGGGAGAUGUGCGAUUCGUAAUGGCCGAGGAUUCGAGACAGUAGUAGUGAACACAUAAACAAACAUACGUACACGCACACACACAUACACACAUGAAACACAAAAAACACCUAAAAGUUAAGAUGUUAGUUGCAGACACGGUGUCGAGAAAAUGUAGAGUGCGGAACGGCCGCCGGCGAAAUCACCGCGCCUACUGUUGUAAGCGCAGAUAGAAGUAGUAGAUUAAAAUUGAGAAACGCAAAACCAACAAACAAAAAACAACCAAAAAUUGGUUUGAAAACCUCAACCUACCAAAAAAAAGAAAGAAACACAAAACAAACAGACAAACAAAUAAAUGAAAAUGCAAUGACAAAACAACAAAGAAACAAAAACACACUCACACACAAGAAAUCGUAGUAGUAACAAAGAGAGACAAACAAAAUGCAGAAACGUUGUAGCCUGUAAGGAUAAUGGGAUGUUGAAAUCGAAAAAAAAGAGAAGAGAGCGAGAGAGAGAGAGCGAGCGAGUGGGAGAGGGAAGGACAGUUAAAUGAAGAUGAAAAAUGAGAAAAAAGAACCUUUAGCUGCUAAGUGAAACGAAGAAACGCAAACAAAACAAAACAGAUGAAACACAGAACGCAGAAAAUGCACUCACACACACACACACACACACACACGUACACAAGAUACAGAAAUUUAGCUUUUAAGAGUAAAAACAAAAAAAAAAUGAAACAUGAUGCUGAACAAAACAGAAACAUGGAAUGAGUAAAUUUGCGGCACGGAAUAAAAGGAGAAAGUAAAUGGUCA